UGCCUUCAGUAGCGUCACGUCAGUGGGUAGUGUAUUGCCCGCCUCGCUCCUUAGAUCCUCUCAGGGCCUUUGGUCCUCCGCUCCCAUCCUCUGGACCGACUGCUCAGGCCUUAGUCAGGAUCGACGCUCGAAACGUCAGUGGAGCAAUCCUUCCAGCCCCUCCGAACUCCGGACUGGAUGGAUGGCCGGCCGGCCGGUCUGACCGCAUUCAUCGAUUGACUUCAGUUCAAUUCUACUCCGCUGUCUGAGAGCGGCAUCUCAGAGCGGCAUCCCAGCCCCGGUCGGUCGCACUCAACUACCAUCGCUGGGCGGACCAGCCGACCGUCACGUAGUCAGCCUUUCUCCCAGGUGAAGCUCCUUUCUGGCCAUAGGCCCACCCUCCCUCCACCGUCCCUCCUCCGUCCGUCCCAACCGUCCCAACCCACGUCGUCGUCUCGCUCCUCGUGUUCCUUCAUCUUGGCCUGAUCUCAUCCAAGGCUGGUCGACCCACCCUGCCUGAGUGGGCCACGCUGCUCGUCUCGAUCGUGCCCUCGAGGCCGAGACUUGAGCUGAUCCAAGGGCGAGAAGCGAGAGAGAACCGACCGGAGAAGGGCUCUUGGCCUGCUUUUCCAGAGGCUUGGCUGGCUGGCUGGCUGGCGGGCAAGCAGGCAGGCUUUUGCUGGAAAAGUUGGAAGAGCUGUCUCUCUUCCUCCCCGUCCUUGGGGUCCUUUGGGUCGUUUUAGUCGUUUUCCGAGUGUGUGUGUGUGUGUGCGAGUGCACUGUUUCCUCACAGUCAUGUGAGGCCUUCGCCCUGCGCGACCUCGUUAUUUUGAGUUUGGACGUUCAAUUCUACCUCGGCCUGAGGAUUUUGGCCCUCCGCAACGCGUCUCGAGUGUGAGACAUGUCAUCUUCGUCGAGUUUGGUGGUACCGCUGACCCUGUGGGGCAAUCACGCCCCGGCCCAUUGCAUUUCGGUGCUGUAUUUGCUCCGGGAUCAACGCACCCUGGUCACGGGCUCCUCGGAUGGACAGAUCCUGCUCUGGGAUGUGGAUCCCAAUGCGGGCGACCAACCCUGGCGGAUGGUGCCGCGUCACAUGCUGGUAGGCCACACAACGCCCGUUCGGUGUAUCGCCAAGGCUUCUUCCGGCCAGGAUUGCCAUCAUAUCGUGAGCAGCUCGGACAAAGGGGAGAUGUUCACGUGGGAUACGGUCGAUGGGCGGGCUAUCGAGAGCCAGCGCUACGCUCAAUAUGUGCACAGCACGAUGCAGGCCUACCGGGCGCCCGAUUCACCCGUGGUCAAGCUGUUCUGUUCGGGCUUUUAUGAAGAGAUCUUGGUCAUGGAGCCGUUCGCCCUGACCGUGCUCUUCCAGUUGUCGUCGCGUAUUAAUCCGGAUUGGGUGUCGGCCUUUCACGUCCUGCGGCCCAGAAAUCGCAAUGAUGACGUGGUUCUCGCACUUACCACCACCGGUACGGUCAAAGUGUGGACUUUGAAUGGGGAUGAAAAUCAGGACACCGUAUUCGAAAAUGAGAGUAAACAGAUCCGCUGCAUUAAUGCGAUCUCCAUGACUUGCUGUGUCUAUAAUAUGAGGACCGUAUUGGUUGUAUGCUCAACGUACUGGAAUAUCUACGAUGCCGGCGACUUCACCUGUCUUUUGACCGUCGAUUGUCGCCGGGGCGAACGUUGGAUCGGCGGAGAAUUCAUCAGUGCCGAACGCGUUUGUGCCUGGAGUGAUGAAGGCAAGGCCUACCUGUAUAAACUCCCCACGAAUUGUAUCGUGGAGAGCAAGGACUUCCACAACAAGUCCAAAAUCUCCGGGGGCAAGUCGUUGCUGUUCUGUGAGCUCGUCAUGGAUGUAGAGCGGCCGCUCAAGUGUCCUCCGGCUUUCAAGUACCUCAUUUUCUCUCGGGACGGAAAGUGGAUGAAAUAUCUGAUCCGAGGGGACUGUGAUGGUCGCCUGGCUGUGUGGAAAAUACCCGAUACGCCCGACUGUGCCUCCAUGCAGCUCAAACAUGAGACGAGCGCCGAUCCUAUCAGCAUUAAGCCGGUAUUAGUGAACAGCUUAGAAGAGAUCUGGCGCAAAGUGACACCCGGUCCAGUGGGUGUUCUCAAUCAGUUGGAUGAUCCCGACGAUCCUGAUCAAAGCGUGCCUCUAACUUCCACUAUUUUUCUGCCCAUGCAAUGCCGACUCGUUUGCGGUCGAGACGAUGGCUCCAUUAUCAUGGUGCCGGCCACUCAGACCAUCAUGCUCCAGCUUCUCUCGGGACGGCAUCAAAAGUUUACCAAUUGGCCGCAGCAUCAAGUCCUUUUGGGCCAUUCAGCCCGUGUGAAUUGUCUAUUGUAUCCGAACAACGACCACCCCCGAUAUGACGUGGCUCAUUUAGUGUCCGGUUCCACAGACUUCACCGUGUGUUUAUGGGACAUCUACACGGGCACCUUAUUGCAUCGUUUCAGUUCGCAUGCGGGCGAGAUCUCGAACCUGUACGUCCCGCCAGUGAACUGUUCCCCUCGCAUUCAGCAUUGUAUUUGCAGUGUGGCCAGUGACAAUUCCGUGGCUUUGUUGUCUCUUAAAGAGAAGCGAUGCGUCAUGCUGGCCUCCCGUCAUCUCUUCCCAGUGACCACCAUUAAAUGGAGGCCUCUCGACGAUUUCCUUAUCGUUGGUUGCAGCGAUGGCACUUCUUAUGUUUGGCAAAUGGAUACAGGUCAUUUGGAUCGAGUCGUCCAUGGUUCAAUGGCUGAGGAGAUAUUAGCUGCUUGUGAUGAGAAUGCCACAAUCACUCUUUCUGAGAAUGUGGGGGCCAAUCCUGCCAUGCAUUUCUUCCGUGGAUUGCGUCACCGAAAUCUAGCUGCCAUAAAAUUAGCCACUCAAAGCGGAAUGAGCAACCUUCAUGGCAAAAGUGGCCUAGUUGAAGUCAGAGACAAGUCCCGUGCAUUUCCCCUCGUCAUCAACGGAUUCCGAACCAAUCCCAAGGACUCGGAGGGGCACAUCUUAUUUUUCGAUGUCGAGGCGUUAAUCGUUCAGCUCCUGACCGAGGAAUACAGCGCCAUGACUCCGGGGACCAUGGAAGCUCAAGGUUUUACCAAUCAAAAAGAAUAUGAAAAGAUCUGGGCACUGACCAAGCCGGCUUCACCGGAUGCCGUGAAGAAGCUUUCUGGAUUCUUGAACAAGGUCAAAGAUCGUGCCGAUGACAAGAUUAAUUCGAUCUCCUCCACGGCUUCCCCGGAGACGCAAAAGAAACUAACUGGAUUUAUGUCGAAAGUCAAAGAAGGGGCUGAAAAAGCAAGGGAAGAAAUUGAAAGGGCCAAAACAGAGAUCGAAAAACGUGCCGGAGCAUUAGACGGCGAAACAGGAGAAAAGAAUUCUGAUUCUGUUCGACCGGCCACUCUUCACUUAGAAAUCAACUUAACAUUGGAAAUUGGUCAACUUCUAUUAUCCAUGCUUCAUGCUUGGGGUUUAGAUAAAGAAUUGGACGUUUUGGCCAUGAGCAAAUUAGGCCUUCUUCGGCCAAAGGUCCCCAUUUCAUUCGGAGUCUUGUCCAAAGGUGGUGUCAUGUCACUCACUCUACCCACGUGGUAUCCUCGUCCUGAUCCAGCCAAGCCUCCUCCAAAGGAACUGAGACCCUCACACAUUGCGCCCAACCUCUCCAAGGAAGAGAUGGCGCGAGAAGUGGACACAUACUACUUCACCGCACUGGGGCAUUGGGAGAUAUCUCAUGCGAUCACAACCCAUCAUCUUCUCUCAGUGAUCGCCAUCACCAAUACCCUAGUGUCAGUUUCAAAUGCUUCUUUCAUCCCUGAGCAGGAGAAGAAACGAAAGCUCGUCCGUCAAGCCACUCAUGGUGCCAUGGACCUCCCAAAGGGCAGCGAUGACAGCUUCAAAAGUCUUCAGGAGCAAAUCAAAUCGGCUUGGAGUCUGCUGAGCACCCUUCAUUGUCUUUUAUUGUCAGGAAAGCUGAAGAACCUGGGGUCAAAGUCUUUCAAGAAGCCUCAAGUGGAGCUCUUGGCUCAGAGGUGGCAGGAUCGGUGUCUUCAGGUGAGAAUGGCUGCUCAAGAGCUGCUGGUGGCGGAGCUCAAGAACCUUGGUACCAAGGGUAGGAAGCAUUUGGUUGAAGCCUGGGGUCAAUACUUGCCCAAGUACGGGGAUCCUCCAUUUCAAAUGAGCAACACCCUAGUCAAUGCCCACAAUGGAACAAACGGGGUGGAGAAUCAUCCCAACGAAGAGGAAGAAGAAGGCGAAGAUGAAGAGAUCGAGGACGAGAGUAAUUCGUCAGCCGUUCAGGCUCAGAGGAACGAAACCACGGCCGUAAUUCUUCUGGGCGUGAUCGGGGCUCUCUUUGAUCUCGAGGCCGAGAGAGAGGGGAAAGAAGUGGCUCUGGGGAACCACUUGACUCGUCUUACGGCAAAGGCUCUCAUGUUCCUCGUGUUGAGUCCACAGUCCGCCAAACAGCAAUCUUCAGGCUCGUUACGGCGAGCCGCGAUAGACUUGAUCGGUCGAGGUUUUACCAUGUGGGAACCGCAUCUGGAAGUGUCAAAGGUGUUCCUUGGGCUACUUGACAUGUGCUGUGAGGCAGAUUGGUGGGUGCCCAGUGGAAAGUACGGUUUGCCUCUGACCCAGAGCGGCGAUUCGUGCCGCACCUCGCGUCAUUCUCUGUUCAGUAUUGCCAAGGUGCGCCCCCAAGUGUUCAUCACUUCCGUCGCCAAGGAAAUUGCUCGCUACAACAAUUUGGCUUCGAACGCACAAGCGCUCAAUGUCAACCUCGCCCGACACGUUCUCACUCGGAGUAAGGCCGAGAUCUUGCAUCUGAUCGAGGUCCUCAUUGAAAAGAAUCGAACGGAAUUGGCGGAUCUCCUCGUGGACGUUACUGAUAUCACUUUGCAUUGCAUUGAUCACAACCAUUUAAAGAACAAGCCUCUGAACGAGAUUUUCAAGCCCAUCUCCAACUUCACUCAAGUCUCCCAUUGCAUUCAAACCCGACGCAUUGCCGUUGGCACCCGCACCGGUCAGCUGGCCAUGUACGAACUUCGAGCUAGCAAAGUGCAAAUGAUUGCAGCCCAUUCGGGGCAAAUUGCGGCAGUUGCUUUUGCUCCCGAUGGCAAGAACUUGGCCUCGUACUCUACCAAAGACAAUCGGUUGUGCUUCUGGCAGACCUCCACGGGAAUGUUUGGCUUGGGGAAUGCUCAAACCAAAUGCACCCGGACGUACAAUACCCCUGCGUUGUCUCAGGCAGUACGAUGGAAUCCCAUGUACAGCCCUAGGUUAUUGUGGAAUGGGACGAAGAUAGUGACCCUCCUGUUACCGGAUGGGACCGAGCAUCGAUUCAACUGUUAAACGAGAUCUUUUGAUUUUGAUGAACAACGUUCAUAGCCUGAUCCGUAGUGUUAUCUAGCCAUCAGACGGUCACUUUCUUUCACAACCUGAACCGGUUUGGACUCGCUAACGAUCCCGAUCCUCCGAAGGAAGAAACGCCCCAUUGGGUAUUAGUGAUUUGUGUCAGAACGCUUCACCGACUCGUUCAUGUUGGAAUCUUUUCAAUUCUGGAUCAGUUCCGAUUCUUCUAGAUGAGUUAUUACUAGCCAAUCUUAAUGCAACACCGAUUACUCAAGUAGACCUUCUAAAAGACUAGAUACCAUUAUUAUUAUUCAUCUUUAUUGUGUUGACGAGGUGACGAUAAACGGCUUCUCUCUUAUUCCAUCGUAAUCAUUAUUAUUAUUAUUAUUACUACUACUAUUGUCAUGAUCAUCAUAUGCUUAUUACACCACUAUUGUUAAAAGCCACCAUCGUUACAAAGCAAUAUAACAUGAAUUGAUCACACAAAAA